AUGCCAAAGAUCUUCCUCAUCAAGAAUCGACUGCAUCAGCAGCAGUUGCGGUUGCUGGAGUCGCAGCAUCUCAGCAAGAGCCCGCCCCCCGGUAGCGGCAAGGACAGCCCGCUCGGCAGCUCGGAGCCGUUGAGCCUCAUCGUCAACAAGGAUCAAUAUCGUGACAAAACCGAUGAUGAUCGAGCGACAACGCCGGAAUCUUUACGCAGCAGCAGUCCAGCUCCGUCGCCGUCGCCGCCGCACCCGUCGAGCAAUGCGACCAGUCCGCCUCCAAGACGAUUCAUCUCCAGCAUCCUCGGCGGCGACGUACCGUACGGUAGCAGGCGUCACGUGCUCACCCGGGCGGAGCGUAAAGAGUACAGUAGCCCGCCGAUAGCCUCGGAUGAUCCACCGCAGUUCCUGUCAAAGUCGGAGAAGGUCGCAUUACCUAGGCCGCAGACACCGCCGAAAACACCCCGUGUCGAGCCGCCUACAAGGGUUUCCGUUAUCCAGAGGGUGCCGCCUCAAGGUAUCUCCAGAAAGGAGGAGAAUAAGAUCGAAGUCGAAAGUGUCGAACCAAUACAGUCGCCCGAACCAGAACAGGAGCAGCCCAUCGACUAUGCGGUGCCGAAGCGAAAGGAGGAGGACGAGGAGAAGUGCCGUGACGGCGCGAUGGCGUCCCGCAGCCCCAGCACCUCGAUCGCGAGGUCCCUGCUGGCCGUCAAAUUGUCGGGUUCUCAGGUGGUACAGGCGGCUGCAGGACACGGCAGAUCCUCGAACUCGGGCGGUUCCUCGGGCGGUGGUGGCAGCGGCGGUGCCAACAACUCGUCACCCUCGUCGAACGGCGGCGGCGGCGGUGGCGGCGGUGGUGCUAUGAUCGGCGGUGGAUGCGGUAACGGGGCGAUGCUCGGCGGCGGCGGCAGCGGCGGCGGUGGUGCUCUAGGCGGGGGUGCGGGUGCGGGCGGCAUGCCUCCCGGUGGAAACGGCGGUCGUGGCAACUACGGCCCGAGUUCGCCGCCGACGGGCUCCCUGCCGCCGUUCUACGAGUCCCUGAAGGGCGGCAACAACCUCGCCAACUUCGCCAAUCAGUACAACAGCUCUCAAGGAAACGCGUAUCUCACGCCAUUGACGGCCGUCGGGAUCGACUGCGAUACCGGUCAGCAGGACAACUCUCAGCACGCGCAAUACAAUGCGCAAGAGGGCAAGCAGUACUCCCUCCUUCAGAAUGUGUGCGCAAACGUUUGCGCGUCCUACGGCCUGACAUUCAAGGAGGAGGAAGAGGAGCUGGCGGGCUACAAAAUUCAGCCGAACGACCUGCUGUCCGCCCAGUACGGCGCCUACGACGUCACCGACACGGGCAUGAUGGUGGACAUGGUGACCGGCACCAUGGUGGUGGACCCGCUGCAGUUCACCGCGGCGACAUUGACCUUCAACUCGCCGUCCGAUCACACGGCGCUCCUCGAGACGCUCAACGACGCGGCGGACCUUCUGUUGCCCAGGCUGCAGACCGAGGACGGCGGCAGUGAUCUCCUAGACGAGUCGCUGCACUCGCCCGCCUCGACCGGCAGCAGCGGGAUCGGUCAGGACGCCGGUCAGAUGACUACUCCCGUCGAGCCCAGUGUCGAUCCUUUCCCCGAGCACAGCAUGGCCUUGACCAGAGGCUUUGACACGAGACACUAUACGACCCCGCAACACUUUAACGCGUCCAAGCUGGCGGGAUUGAGCUACGCAGCCGGUGAGAGCUACCAGUCGCUUCAAAAGGAACGUCCGGAGCUUGCGUUGCACGUCAAUCAGAAUCACCAGCAUCAGCAGGACCAACAGCUGCAGAUUCAAGUGCAGCUACAGCAACAGCAGAAGCAGCAGGCUACGUCGCCGCACCAGCAGCAGCAGCAACAGCAGCAACAGCAUCAGAGUCUUCUAAGCCCCGGAUUGAAUUUCAAUAACGGACUAAGGAUUAAUACCGCGCUAACGGUUCGAUUGUUUAAUCUCGAAGGUUUAGAGCUAGACUCCGGUAGCAGCGUAGGCGGAAGCUUACCCAGCCCCGGCACCGCGAGCUGUUCCCUGGACGGCGCCUCGACCGGCACCUCACCGUCAUGCGGACUGGGAGAGCACGCGCACAGUCCAGUCGUAUCACCCACCACAGUCGCAGCCCAAGCCGCCGGAUCAGUGGGCGAGCCGCCGCUCUCGCAACGGGUCGGUGUACUUCAUCAAAGGCUGGGUUUACCGACCGAUUGUCAACUAGAAUUUGUUAAUGGUGGUCACGGCAUAAAGAACCCUUUAGCCAUCGAGGGUCAGAGGCAGGCGACGGCUACUCGGGAUGAAGAAAGAGCUAAUCGCACUCCGCCUAGCAAGGACGACGAUCCUAAUCGCUUCACCUGCCGCGUGUGCAGCAAGAACUUCAGCCUUCAGCGACUGCUCAAUCGUCACAUGAAGUGUCACAGUGACGUGAAGCGUUACCUGUGUACAUUCUGCGGGAAGGGCUUCAACGAUACGUUCGAUCUCAAGAGGCAUACGCGGACGCACACGGGCGUACGGCCCUACAAAUGCUUCCUGUGUGAGAAGAGUUUCACGCAACGGUGCUCGCUGGAGAGUCACGGCCAGAAGGUCCACGGCGUUCAGCAUCAAUACGCGUACAAGGAACGACGAGCUAAGAUGUACGUUUGUGAGGAAUGCGGACACACGACGCACGAGCCCGAGGUGCAUUAUCUUCACCUGAAGGAGCAGCAUCCUUACAGCCCGGCGCUACUGAAGUUCUACGACAAGCGGCACUUCAAGUUCACCAAUAGUAAUUUCGCCAAUAUGUUGCUCCAGGGUGGCCUGUUACAACGGGACUCACGGAAUACGGACAGCUGUGGCCUUGCGGAGCGACGAGAGAUAGCCUCGAAGAGCAGCGGCGCGGCGCACCAACACACCAGCUUUUAAAAGUCCGUCGAGAACGAGAGUUCCGGGCGAGAGGCAGAGAGACAAAGAUAGAGAAUGUGGCAGAAAGAAAGAGAGAGAGGAAAAGAAAGAUGCCGAUUGAUCACGCGCUCAUUCUUCAAUUAGGCUGACGAAGGGAGUGACGUUUCGCGCGUAAAGUACCUGCAGGUGGCUCCCAUUGCGGUGACACUGGAACAAAACAUCGAAGUCCAGCGACAGAAUCCGAUUGAGGGAUCGCGUGGUGAUCUGUGAUCAAUUGGUUCCUGCCGCCCCUUAAAUUCACGGGUAGAGGAGGCAGAGGACGAGGCAGCGGAAGAGGCGGAAGAAGAAGGCGUACACGGUAUUUCUCUUAUAGCUUCUCGUCGAUAUAAUGAAGUUAAGCUUGCGCGUUAUUAUUUUCUUUCUUCCCGUCUCGAUAAGGAAGACAUUACCGUUUUACGAAGAAGAAAUACAGAUGUUCGUAGAAGAACAUCUGUCAUAGCGUUAAGUUGCAGUGUUUGUGACACUGCUUUAUUAACGAAACUUCAUUAACGACGCGCCUCAUUUUUAACGAUGAGAGCGCGUCGGAUGCUUAAGCUCCAACGAUCGUUCCGCCAGAUCGUUCUGAAGAAUUACGUAUUGCGGACGCUAUAAAAUCUCGCUUCUACCCACUUCUAUCAGGGGGGGACAGUGUCUCGAAUUUCUUUAUUAAAUGCCCUUAGGUCGUUUCUUCUUUUAGUUAUAAUUUUAACUGUGUAACAGAUUAAUUUAUAAAAAAAAAAUAUAUAUAUAUAUAAAGAAAUCCUAGAACUGAUAAUAGAUUACAGGAGGAUGCAUGGGACACAGAUGCACGUAUACGUACGCACAUACAAAUACACGUACACACGUAUCCUGAUACACACAAAUCGCAUGUAGUAGAGCUUAGAUGAUAAAUAUUAAUAUCGUGGGCCGGGGGCGUGCGCGACAUCGAGCAGACCCAAAGACUCGGAUAGAACGUUUCAGGAAUGCCGAUCGUCCUCGGCGAGCGCGCCGAGGCGGGAGUAGAGUGCGAUCACACGGAAGACUUUUUUUUUUUUCUCAGAGAUGUACGGCGAGUUACGUUGCUUUUCGACUCGAUGGGCGAAAUGGGGUUCUUGACGUCGCGAUCGCCAAGGGGAGAGGGGAUUCCUUCGGAUCGCGGCCUUCGUCCUGAAGCCUCCAUUAUCUUCGAUCGACCGGGGCACCGGAAUCGAGGGGUGCCGCGUUGCUUGAGAUCGUCGGGUGUCGCGGAAAAAAAACGGGGCGAGAUCACGUCGGCGGAGUGACUCUGCGCUGUACCGUCGUAGUAGUAGAGCUCUACCGGCGACAUAGUGGAAUAAUCGGGAUAAUUAAAAACGAACAUUCCUCCCGCGCCGUUAAUGCGAUCGACGAUUUUAUCCUUGAGAUGUUCGAUGUUAAAAUCCAAUCUUUCGGCCCUCGAGGGGGAUGUUCCAAGUCGAUAUUUGUCACAGCGAAACGAUACGCCGCGGUAUCGAUUUUAGAUGAAAACUUCGGUUUUUAUUAUCCUCAUUUUUUAUUAUUUUUCUAAACGCCGGUAGUGCAUAUACAUACAUAUGUAUACAUAUAUACAUGCAUAUAUACAAUACUUUUGUAGUAAGUUCCCAACCGAAGUGCACUUUGGGUAAUCUGUGAUAUGAUAAGAGUAACAAGACAAUCCACUUGCUCCUCCAUGCACCGGAUUUCACUUUUCCGCUCUCUUGUGCGCUUGUGGUUUUCUUCUUUUUCUUCUUCUUCUUUCAGGGUCGGGUAGGAGGGUAGGUAAGGGGUAAGAGGAGGGCACGCACGCCUCACACAUGUACACACAUAUGCGUGGAUAUGCGCGCGCGCACACACAUAUACACACAAAAACGGGAUUCGUGCAAUUCUGAGGUGGCAGUAUCUUGGAUCGGGCGACAAUCGAUAUAUUCCGCUCGAUUCCUUCCGUCGCGGACUCCGUCCGCGGAAGUAGCACGGCUCGCGACUUCUGAAACUUGGGAUACUCAGACGGUCGGUCGGCGAACUCUAAAUCUCUCGGGAGACCGGAAGAUUAACCCUUGGAAACGCGAUGGUCACAACUCUCUCUUUUUUUUUUUAACACAAUAUUGAUCUGAUCUGCCUGUUGGUUUCCAUCUUCGCAUCACGUUCGUUAGCAUAAGAAUUAAGGAAUUAUAUCUUUCAACGAUAACGAUAUCUAUCUUCGUUACUUCAGUCUCCUUCUUUGUAUUUAUUUGUACCAUAGGUCAGUUUAUUUUAUUAUAGAGUUAAUGAUGUACAUAUGUACAUAGGCUUGUUCAUGUCGUCCUCGUGGCAUGCACGGGACUCGAAGUGCGCUUGUCAAAGGGUUAAAAAGGGCCGCGUCUCGGCGAGCAUAUCUUCGAAAGCGUCGAUUUUUCGAUUUUUCAGUGAGAGCGAUAAAGCGCUUCAUAAAUGUCCUAUGGGCAUUAUGGGUCAUCCAUUUUUACGUAGAAUAUAAAUUCUUAGGAAAUUGAAAAUUACGAUAAUAUAUAUUAUCUAUGGCUUGUCUCAGAAAUGUAAAUUGCAAAUGCCAGGAAUCUAAAUGGAAGCUAUAAACAAGCGAUAAAAAAAUCUGCUCUCCUUCGAUUUUUAUUAUUAUAGAUAACAUUCUAGUUUGAAUUGGAUGACGUGUAAAAAGUUCUAACUAAUUUCCGGUGACUCACUCGUGGCAACUUCAACAUGAAGCGAUCGCUUCACCUGGCUCAUUAUUCUUUCACAUUUCUUGAGCUACUGAUAGCGUCCUAAGCGGAAUGAUUAAAAACGUCCUCAUUAUAUAUGGUAUAAAUGUUGGAAAAUUUACCUGUGCUUAAGAUUGAAUUAUAGAUCUGUCUCGGCUCGUCGUGCGAAACGCGCCCGCCCGUCCGCGGGUCCGCCCGGUUAAUGCGCUGAGAGAGUUCGACAAUCUCACUCGAAUGAUGUAAAUACGCGUAUAGGAUUCUUAUAUAGGCAGACUAUUGAUACGUAUUUAAUUCUCACAUAUAUUCGCAUAUUCGUUUUUUUUUUAACCCACGGUUGCCUCGGCAUGGGCGUUGAUGCCGCCUCGCCGUGAGGCGCUCAUCCCUAUUGUAAAUAGUUCUUCAUUCCAGCGGCGGAAACGGGUACCGGUUAGCCUGCGAUUGUCAGUAUGCUUACGACAGUAAUGUACGUACGUACGAUGUACUUGUACAGCGAACGCGCGAGGACUGGGAGGACAGGAGACCAGUACGGUUUUCCUCGUACCUCGGAGCGAGAAAAUAGAGGAUAAGACAGUACUCGUCAAUCACGCAAGUUAAUACGUUACGUAAUUUCAUUC